CGUGCCCCGCCCCACACCUUUUUCCCGUUUCCUCUCUCUCUCUCGCUCGCUUGCUUUUUCCCCAUGAGAUCUUUGCUCUGGUUGGCUUCUUUAAGACCACUGCGCGCGUCCUCCCCAAUCUGCUGCUGGCUUUUCAUCCUGUUUUUUCUCACCUCCAGACCAAAGCGAGAUUCUUGCGAGAGCCUGUGAGGUAUAGUCUGCUAGUGUGAUUUGGUAAAGGGCCCGGGAUUGUCUCUUGUCUUGGAUAGUUGGAUGAGCGAUGCUAUACACACGAUGAAACUCCAGCCGACGUGUGCACGAUCCCAUGUGGCAGCACAGCAGCGCACGUACAUGCAGGAGGGAGUUGGUUUUUCUGUCCGCUGAUGCAUGCACACUGUGUAUCGUUCGCAGAUCGUGCAGUCCGUGUCGUGUGUGAAGCCAUUUCGUAGUUGGAUUGGAUUGCUACCUGCAACGCAUCUUUUUUUGACCUCGUUGCUUUCCUCCUCUUCGUCUACCUUGCUAUAGAUGUGUAGUAGCAGUAUUUGUGCUCAGUCCUAGCUAAGAUAGCCUUGUUGAUUGGCUAGCUUGAUAGAUCAGUGGCGAUAGGAGUGACUAAUCAAUUCGCGUGCCCUUCUGUUAUUGUUCUCUGGAAAGAUUUGGUCGUCCGAGCUACAUGUAUCUCUAGCUACUAGUUGCUUUGCGCAAAUCGUUCCAUCGAGCUGGGUGGACCUUUUGGUGGCGUGUAACUCGGGAGGAUGGCGCACGAUCCGAGCCUGGGCUUCGCCGACUACUUCUCGGCGGCCGACGCGGCGGCGACGUCGCUCAUGCCCGCGAUGGACGAGGGUGCGCCGGAGCUGUACGGCUUGCAGUCCGGGAUGGAGCUGCUCGGCAUGCGCGGCCUGCACGCUGCCGCCAUGUCCGGCGCGACGUCCGUCUCUGCGGAUGUUCACUGCGACGGAGGAGGAGACGGCCACGAUGGCUCCACCAUGCGCUUCUUCCUCGAGCAGCAGCAGCAGCAACAUCAUCAGCAUCACCAGCCGAGCCAGGCGCCGCUGUCCCUGUCGCCGUGCCGGCCGGAGGAAGUCGCGCAGCUGCACCAGCAGCAGCACCAUCACCAUCUCCAGCAGCAGCAGCACGAGGCGUCCGCGGCGGCGUGGAUGAUGCCGCACGAGCACGACGCGGCGACCUACGCGCACGGGCACGGCGCGGCGCGGCCCCUGCGCAGCUCCCGGUUCCUCCUCCCGGCGCAGCAGCUCCUGCAGGGCUACUGCAGCCUCCCCGUGGACAUCACCCCCAAGCGCGCCAAGCCGGCGCAGACGCAGCAGCAAGAAGACGGCGCCGGCGGUGAGGCCUCCUCGUCGUCGACGUCGGGCUGGACCCCGUCGCCGCAGAUCCAGGCCAUGGAGGCGCUGGAGCUCAAGAGGCUCAAGGACAGGCUCUACGUCAUGCUGGAGGAGGUGGACCGGCGGUACAGGAGGUACUGCGAGCAGAUGAGAGGGCUGGCGGGCGGGUUCGAGGCGGUGGCGGGGGAGCGGGCGGCAUCGGGGUACACGGCGGUAGCGGCACGGACCAUCUCACGGCACUUCCGAAGCUUGAGGGACGGGAUCGUCGCGCAGCUGCAGGCAGUGCGGAAGGCGCUCGGGGAGAAGGACGUGUCGCCGCCGGGGAUGACACGGGGCGACACGCCGCGGCUCAAGGUGCUGGACCAGUGCAUCCGGCAGCAGAAGGCGAUGCACCAGAAUGGCGGCAUGAUGAUGGACAGCCACUCGUGGCGGCCGCAGCGCGGCCUGCCAGAGCGCGCGGUCACCAUCCUCCGGGCAUGGCUCUUUGAGCACUUCCUCAACCCGUAUCCGAGCGACGUGGACAAGCACAUCCUGGCUCGGCAGACGGGCCUCUCACGGAGCCAGGUGUCCAACUGGUUCAUCAACGCGCGGGUGCGGCUGUGGAAGCCCAUGGUGGAGGAGAUGUACGUGGAGGAGAUGAAGGGCGAGCAGCAGGACGAUGGCGGCCUGAUAAACCCUAACAACCCUAGCAGCAGCGGCAGCCACGCCUCCGACGCGCAGGGACAGCAGCAGGGCGCGGCCGCGGCCGACGAAGGCGAGCGCGUCGGGGGUGCCGACGACCGGAAGCCGACGCGGGCGCAGCUGCACGUUGGACACGACGCCGGCUCCCUCGCCUCCGUCGUCAACAUCGCCGGCGUUCCGGCGCGGAUGGAGAGCUUCGGCGUCAUGGACGCCGCCCACCCCCUUGACUUCGACGCGUACGGCGGGCAGGGCCAGGGCUUCGGGGGCGGCGUGUCGCUCACGCUGGGGCUGCAGCAGCACGACACGCACGGCGGCGGCGGCGUGAACAUCGCGUUUGGCGCGCCGUCGUCCGCGCAGCACGGCGCGGGCGGGUUCCUGUUCCCGGGCGAGCAGAUGGACGGCGUGGGUUUGCAUCCGUCCGGCGGCCAUGGCCAGAACAUCCAGUUCGGCAUGGAUGGCGCCGCCGAGGGAUCGUCCCACGGCGUGCAGGACCAGCACUACCGGGGGAUGAGCGCCGGGUUUCACCUGCUCCGUGACCUGGCCGGCUGAUCUGCCGGUCGUCUGCGCGCGACGGCUGGCCCGGUGGCAAUUACUGGUUGCACGAAUGCCAUCCACGGCGAGGAGGCAGACUGCGGUGCCGCAACGGCGCCGGCAGGGGGUGGUGGGGUGGACCUGUACCAGUUUACCUGCACGCACGCUUCUGCAUGCGCGACAUUGCUUUUGGUGGUCGAUCUUUUUUGUUGCCUGA